UCCAGUAAUCGGUAACCCAUGUUUACCGGUUGCAGUUGAUUGUAUUCUAACCUAUACAGACAUUUGUUUACUGUAUAGACUUAUUAGCUAAGAUCAUCCAGUUUAUUUAAUAACUCUCUCAAAUUUAUAUCUGAUCAGAUAAUUGUAAUAUUAUUUCAAUUAAUACUUAACCAUCAUGUUUUAUCACAUUUCGUUGGAGCAUGAGAUUUUGUUACAUCCCCGGUACUUCGGUCCCCAAUUACUCGACACUGUAAAGCAGAAGCUCUAUACGGAGGUAGAAGGCACUUGCACAGGAAAAUAUGGUUUCGUCGUCGCAGUCACGACGAUUGACAACAUAGGAGCUGGUAUUAUACAACCGGGACAAGGCUUUGUAGUAUAUCCAGUCAAAUAUAAAGCGAUUGUAUUCAGGCCAUUCAAAGGUGAAGUGCUGGACGCGAUCGUAACUCAAGUGAAUAAGGUUGGCAUGUUCGCUGAAAUAGGUCCGCUUUCGUGCUUUAUAUCUCAUCACUCAAUUCCAGAGGAUAUGCAGUUCUGUCCAAAUGUGAAUCCAGCCUGCUACAAAUCGAAAGAAGAAGACGUAGUUAUCCAAGCGGAUGACGAGAUUAGAUUGAAAAUCGUGGGCACGAGAGUCGAUGCUACGGGAAUUUUUGCUAUUGGCACGUUAAUGGAUGACUACUUAGGUCUUGUAUGCAACUAGCGUGUCUGCAGUCUACUCGUCCAAAAAGAUUUUAUUAAUUUAUCUAAAUAAGUUUUUAUAUUCUGGAAUUUAUAUUCUGGAACGAUACAAGUGUCUUGAAAUACUUUUUACUUUUUUAUAACAUAAGAUACUGAUAUAAUCAAUCCGACAAAAAGAUAUGAAAAUAUAGUAAUAGUGUAUAAAAGCCACAUUUGGAUGGAACAGAAUCGUAACAAUUUAAACACCCUACCUCUAUAAUUAUGUUGGAAUCACAAUGGUAAUAAACGGAAACGACUCAUAGGAAUUAUAAAUUGUGAUAGAUAAUAUUUCUGAAAUAAAAUUUAAGUACGAAAUA